AUGGGCAACACCAGUUCUAAACCAUCGUCCAGGAAGAAAAAAUCCAGUAGUGAUAAUGCGCCCGUUUUUACACGUACCGACACAUCACAAUCUGCCAAAUCGGCAAAAUCUUCACGAUCAGCAAAAUCCUCAAAAUCCAGGCGAUCUCAAUCUUCUUCUGUCCCCGGAACUCCUGGGACCAGUUCGGGUCCUGAAAACAAUAACAAUUUAGGUAUUGAACAGGAACCACUCAAGGCCACAAACUCGUUUUCAAGACGAAAUAGUGUCCUGUCCGGACUCCAACCACCGCUUUCCAAACGCGGCAGUAGUACUAGCGUUUUUAGGGACUCUGCAAGUGGUACUGGAACUCCUCAAAACAAAUCACAAUUACAAAACAUCGCCAAUGUAAGUGGUGAUUUGCCACCGUCCAUGAUUCAAAUGGAGCCCAAAUCACCGAUUUUGAAAAAUUCAACCUCUGUUGGUAAUUUGGGAGGCACUAACAGUACCAUAUAUCAUGAAAGUGCAAUAACGGAUGACGAAAAUGAUGAGAAUGAAUCCCAUCACCAUCGUCGGAAAAGUAAUGACUCGAAACGGUUCUCUCAAAAAUCGCCUAGCGCAGGAAGCAGGAGUAAUAGUGCGUCCAGUUCCCGAAGGAAAAGCACCUCGCAUUUAGACGUAUCUGACAAUUCAGUCGCAGCACAACCCAGCAGGACUUCUUCACACUCAUCAGCGGGAAAUCAUAGUCGGAAAUCCUCUUUCAGCAACUCCAUGGGCAAUUCCGCAUACAGUACACCUAUGAAUUCUCCAGGUGUUUUCAAGAAAUCCCAGGAUGGAUAUUUUGAAGAAAACUCGGAUACUCAAGGCACUGACAGCCCUCAAGGGCCACGUUCACGAUCCAGAAGGAAUUCUUUAGACGAAUAUCCACAUGAAGUUUCACAUAGUAUCGAUGUAGAUGACGACACGAAUAACUCGAUUACAACAAAGACCAUAAAAAGGAAAAAAUCGAUUAGACCCAUCGAUAUUGACGAGACUAUUCAAAAACUUUUAGAUGCAGGUUAUUCUGCCAAACGUACCAAAAACGUUUGUUUGAAAAAUUCGGAAAUUGCCCAGAUUUGUAACCAAGCGCGUGAAAUUUUCUUAUCUCAACCUUCCUUAUUAGAAUUAUCCCCUCCCGUUAAGAUUGUUGGAGAUGUCCAUGGUCAAUACGCAGAUCUUUUGAGACUAUUCACCAAAUGUGGGUUCCCACCAGCAGCUAAUUAUUUGUUGCUGGGUGACUAUGUUGAUAGAGGUAAACAGUCACUAGAGACUAUUCUUCUACUGCUAUGUUACAAGAUCAAAUAUCCCGAAAACUUCUUUCUUCUCAGAGGCAAUCAUGAAUGUGCCAAUGUAACAAGAGUUUAUGGAUUUUACGAUGAAUGCAAACGUCGUUGUAACAUUAAAACUUGGAAAAUUUUCAUCGACACGUUCAAUACUUUGCCUUUGGCUGCUAUUGUGGCAGGCAAAAUUUUUUGCGUGCAUGGUGGACUAUCACCAGUUUUAAAUUCUAUGGACGAAAUAAGACACGUUAGUAGGCCCACCGAUGUACCUGAUUUUGGUUUAAUCAAUGAUCUGCUGUGGUCGGAUCCUACGGACUCACCGAAUGAAUGGGAAGAUAACGAACGAGGCGUUAGUUAUUGUUACAACAAGGUUGCUAUCAAUAAAUUUUUAAACAAGUUUGGGUUUGAUUUGGUGUGCAGGGCACACAUGGUUGUGGAAGAUGGAUACGAAUUUUUCAACGAUAGAAGUUUGGUCACGGUAUUUUCUGCUCCAAACUAUUGCGGUGAAUUCGAUAACUGGGGAGCCGUUAUGAGCGUUAGUGAAGGCUUGCUUUGCAGUUUUGAGCUGUUGGAUCCCUUGGACAGCGCGGCUAUUAAGCAGGUCAUGAAAAAAGGAAGGCAAGAAAGAAAAAUUGCCAAUCAACAGCAGCUCUCGCAAGAAUGA